AUGGCCAAACCCCUAAAGACAAUCAUCUUCAUUUCUUAUGUCACUCUAUUCUCCUCCCUUUCCAAAUGCAAAUCCGACCCCUUAGCAAAUACGACCACCACCAAAGGCUUCUCCACCGAUCUCAUCCACCGAGACUCCCCCGACUCCCCCCUCUCCGAUCCUUCACUAUCGCCUUGGCAGCGCCUCGCCCAGGCCAAGCAACGAUCCCUAGCCCGCGCGAGCAUCUUCACUGACCGGCUCAUGCAACGAAAGUCGAUUGAAUCAACCAUCAACGGCGUCCACGGAACAUACCUCAUCCGAUUCUCCAUCGGCACUCCUCCCCACCACACGAUCGCCGUCAUGGACACCGGCAGCGAGCUCAUAUGGACGCAGUGCGAGCCCUGCACGAAGUGCAUGAAGCAGCUGUUCCCAGUCUUCAGCCCGGUAUCCUCCACGACGUACAAGGAUGUGCGGUGCGACUCCCCACGCUGCGGCACGUUCGGGCGCGCGUCCGUGUGCGACAAGAGGCGGGAGAAGUGCGUCUACAACGUGCUCUACGGCGACAAUUCUUACUCCAGCGGCACCGUCGCUACGGAGACGUUCACUUUUGCAGAGAGUAGGGGUGGAGCGUUGCAUUAUUUCAACAACAUCCAGUUCGGAUGCGGACAUGACAACUACUUCCAUUUUGCAAGCACCAUUCCAUCUGGAAUUGUGGGGCUCUCCGGUGGAAAAUCCUCACUGCUUAGUCAAUUUGGUUACGACAGUUUCUCCUAUUGCCUCACAACAUACGAAGAUCGUAAAAAGGGGAGCAAGCUGCAUUUCGGCGAAGACGCUGAUGUCACCGGCAGAACAAUGGUGUGGACGCCGAUGACCGAGAUGAACGUCCCGGAUUUGUACUUUGUGACCCUGGAAGCGAUCAGCAUGGGCAACAAGCGGAUCGAAUACCACAACCCCGCGCUGCUCGAAGGAGGGAACAUCGUCAUGGACUCGGGGACCGUGUUGACCGUUCUUCCGGUAAAUUUCUACGACGACGUGGAGGUGGCGAUAGCAAACUCGAUCAGUCAAAGGGCUGUGCGGGAUUACAAGGACUGGCGGCUGUGCUACUCUGACCCGUUUGUGAUGCCGAAGAUAACGGUGCAUUUUAAAAAGGCGGAUGUGGAGUGGAAGCAUGAGAAUGUUUUUAUCAGAGUGAGUCCGGAUUAUGAGUGCUUGGCGCUGCUGCCCAAGGAAGGCUUGCCUAUUUACGGUAACGUUGCGCAGGCCAACUACUUGGUGGGAUUUGAUAUUAGAAAUAAGCGUGUCUUAUUUAAGCCCACUCAGUGUGGAGUGUAG